UCACCUUCUAUUAUCCACAAUCCAAGUUCCGAAAAUAAGAUUCUCCAUAUUUAGCGUUGCCCCAUCACUAAUCCAAGAUGCCUCAACAUGUUCAUUUAGAUUACAUGUCGGUACGUGUAUAUAUAGAGUUCAGAGACUCACCUCUCCAAAACUGACUAUCAACACAAAAUAUCCAAGCAAUACAAAGAACAAAACAUCUACAUACUAAAAGAGUAAUACUAUUACUAUAAAAAUGGAUGUGGUAGCAAGGUUAGCGUCACAAAGUGCAGUGGUAAUAUUCAGCAAGAGUACAUGCUGCAUGUCUCAUGCAAUUAAAUGUCUGUUUUAUGAGCAAGGAGUGAGUCCUGCGAUUGUCGAGAUCGAUCAAUACAUGUACGGUAAAGAUAUUGAGCGGGCUUUGGCCCGGUUAGGAUGUAGCCCUCAGGUUCCCGUGGUUUUCAUCGGAGGAAAAUUAAUAGGAACUGCCACUACCGUUAUGACUCUUCAUCUUGACGGGACAUUGAAAAGGCUGCUCAAGGAAGCUGGUGCUUUAUGGCUUUAGUACAUAUAGUUCGUAUAAUGUUUUCUUGAGGGUUUAAACAUAUAUAUUUGCUUUGGCUUUUGAAAGUUUCUUCAUAUAAUAUAUGCACGUUUAAUUAAAAGCAUAUAUGAAGGAAGAAGUACUUUUUUAUUUUGGGUGUUAUGUAUGUCUUGAUGGGUUGGUUUUAUUAUUAACUACGACCAAUUUGUGGAUAGAAACUCUAUUUUAUUUCCCGUUCCGUACAAGUUAAAUGGUAUCUAUAAAACGCAAAAACGUUAGUUAGGAUUAUUUAGUAAUUAUUAUUUUGUACUCUUUUUGUUUCUCUGCUUUAAUUGGUAUUGGUGGAUUAUAUUAAUAAGCAAAAAAAAAAAAUAGUGUAUCAAUAUGAAUCUGCCAGGAAAUGGAUGAGGGCGAGAUAUAAACGCAAAAUUAUACAAAGUCCUUGAGAGUUUCCGUGAGGGAAAAAAACAGGAAACAAAGUGGGUGGGGGGAGGGAAUAUGGCAUAUUAGGAGAAGACUAUAUGAGUGAAUAAAUGGCAAAUGAUGUACGUUCUGCUAUUAAUCUUUUUUUUUUGUCAACAGAUAAAUGAAGAAAAAGAGUAAAAUUACUCAAAACGAUUUGGGUAACUAAACUGAUAAUACAAAAGGAACAACAGUCUUUACUGUUGGAAGAGAUUAUCCAAUCUGUACCAAGUUGUUUGUCAUAAUUGUUUUCCUUGAAGGUAGAACAAAUUUGAUAUUGAUUUUUUAAAAAGUUCAAAAACUCGUCUAUUUGUGAUUAAACCCUAAACCAGUCAGUAGGAUUAGACACUGUCUUCUAUAUUAAUAUUUAAGACCGUGAAAAUCCUGACUGAAAAUCACAAAACAGAAAAAAGUUUGGAAACAAUAAUUAAUAUAAAACGAGAAAACACUAAAAAUUCUUUAGAAAUAGCCGACUACGUAGAAUUUAAAUUCGAUCUCUUUAUUUAACUCAAUAUAUUACAUGUCAUGUGUGAUAGUAUCAAAAUAUUGUUUGUUUCUAAUUUUGGUUUUUGCAUCUUUUUUUUUGUAACAUGCAGAUCUUAGUGGAUAGUUAUCAGAGGAACAUAGCACCAAGGCUUGCUUAGCCAAAGCAUCAGCAUCCUUGUUGUUUCCCUUCUGUAUCCACGCAAAAGAUACAGACUCAAAAUAAUGCAUUUGGAAGCAUUCUUGUUUCUUUUUGAGUUUGUAACAAUAUCUAGAUACAUACAUACAUUUUCUUGCCGUGAAAAGUUCGCCGAGUACUUUUCUCUUGCUGUAGCAUUUUCUCUCACUUGAGCACCAAAAACCGAUCUACGAAAAAUAGCUUCGACUUCCCCUCGAAGCUCCAAGUUUUUCUGAUAGAAUUCAAUUUUGCUUCCGAUCCGAGGAAUCUCUGAGUGAGAAAAUG